AUGAGCGCUGAAUGCAGCAGCUACUACAGCGCAGACAGCGUGUUUGUGGACGGCUUCUCCUGCCCGAAACCUGGAAAUGAUGCUGGCGCUGUCUUCUGCUGCGGAUUUAACGAUAUCAAAUAUUGCUGUGAUGAUCCUAACAGUUUUUUCCCGUAUGAAUAUGGAUAUAUGUGGUGGCUGAGUAUUGGCGCUCUGGUCGGUCUGUCCAUUGCAGCGGUGGUUCUCCUGGCGUUCCUCAUCACUGUGUGUGUACUCUGCUACCUUUUCAUUGCGACUAAGCCCAGUCGUCUUGACAACGGCCUGCCGCUCAGAGCACCAGCACCAGAUCCCAGUGAGGGGCCCAGCCACGCAGGAAUGACCCAUGCCACCGGUCCGCAAGGAUUCAGAAAACACUUCAUGAGCAGGAAGCUAGACUGCGACAACCAGCCGGCAGACCCUGAACGCCUAUUCCAGAGGUGUUUCAUGGCUACUGUCACCAACGUGAAAGUGGAAAGUCCCUCAUAGGCUGCUGAGAUGUUUCUCCUGUAUAAUGAGACCAGAAGGCCAGAGGUCCACAGGGCCACUUGGUCUUGAAGCAGACUGCACUGCAAGUGGACAGUUACAAGUGU